AGAGCGAGAGAUAUAGAGAGGAGAAGAGUGCAGGGUGCGCUCCAUCCACAGCCUCAGUACACCGGACUGUCAUCUCUGGAGCGGCUCCUCGCAUCUCCACCAGCGCUCGGUUCCGUUUUUUUUUUUUUUCAACGGGUUUCACAGUUCGGCGGAUGUUAGCAUGGACACGAUUUAAGGCGCACCCAGCGAGCCGUCAGCAGUUUCACUUGCUUCAAAAAAACAAACAAAAAAACCCCCAAACAAACCCAUCAACUAAUUCCUCUGAAAAGCUCGCCCGGCCAAAGUCACAAUAAUGAUGGAGUACUGGAGGCAAUGCGCGCUGUGGUUGAUCAACUGCAAGGUGCUCCCGGCGAACCACCGGGUGACGUGGGAGUCAGCGCAGGUAUUCGACUUGGCCCAGACCCUCCGGGAUGGAGUCCUCCUCUGCCAUCUGCUCAACAACCUGAGACCCCAGUCCAUCAAUCUGAAGGAGAUCAACCUCCGGCCGCAGAUGUCACAGUUCCUGUGCCUGAAGAAUAUCAGGACUUUCCUGGCAGCGUGCAGCGAGGUCUUCGGCAUGAAGAAGAGCGAGCUGUUCGAGGCCUUCGACCUCUUCGACGUCAGGGAUUUCGGAAAGGUUAUGGACACACUAUCUAAACUCUCCCAAACAGCGAUCACACAACAAACUGGAAUUAGGCCCUUUCCAUCGGAGGAGAGUGUUCAAGAUGAAGAUAUCUACAACCACCUGGAGGAUCUCAUAGACGAGAAGGGGGUGGAGGAUGAGGAGGACCUGUACGACUGCGUGUAUGACGAUGAGGAUGGAGGGGAGAUCUACGAGGACCUGAUGAAGACAGAAGCCGUCCCUCCUCCGGCGUUCCAGAAGCAGGCAGAGACUGACAUCAGGAGCUGCUGUCUAACAGAGAUCAAGCAGACAGAGGAGAAAUACACAGAGACCCUGGAGUCCAUAGAGAAGCACUUUAUGACGCCCCUCACUAUGUUUUUAUCCAUGGCCGAGAUGGAAAAGCUGUUUGUGAAUAUUCCGGAACUGGUUAAAGUCCACAAAUGUUUACUGCUGGAAAUCCAAGACUCAGUCCACCACAGAAGUGCCCAGAACCUUUACCAGAUCUUCCUCAGUUCCAAAGAGAGGUUGUUGAUCUACGGGAAAUACUGCAGCCAUGUGGAAUCAGCCAUCGCCACUCUGGAUAAAAUCUGCAAAGAAAGAGAGGAUGUGCGCAUGAAGCUGGAGGAAUGUUCAAAGAGGGCCAACUAUGGCAAGUUCACACUGAGGGAUCUGCUCGUGGUUCCCAUGCAGCGAGUCUUGAAGUAUCACCUCCUCCUGCAGGAGCUGGUGAAACACACUCUCGAUGUCACGGAGAAGAGUAAUCUGCGAAUGGCACUGGAUGCCAUGAAGGACCUGGCUCAGUACGUUAACGAAGUCAAGAGGGACAAUGAGACGUUGCGAGAAAUAGAUCAGUAUCAGAAAUCUAUCGAGAACCUGAAUCAGUGUCUGAGCAACUAUGGGAGACCCAAAGGUGACGGGGAGGUGCGGGUGGCCUCGGUGGACAAACGGGCUAAACAGGACAGGCACAUCUUCCUGUUCGAUGCAGCGGUGAUCGUGUGCAAGCGUCGAGGCGACAUCUACGAGAUGAAAGAAGUGAUCGACCUGCACCUGUUCAAGAUCACCAACAACCCCACGUCAGACAAGGAGAACCGAAAGUGGUCCUAUGGAUUCUACCUCACUCAUAACCAGGGCCAGAGCGGCUUUGAGUUCUUCUUCAAGACCAAAGAGCUGAAAAAGAAGUGGCUGGAGCAGUUUGGCAUGGCCAUAUCCAACAUUCAUCCCGAGAACGCCAACAGCAACUUCCACGAGUUUAGAAUGCACACCUUCGAAAGGAUCACCUCCUGCUACUCUUGCCACAUGCUGCUGAGGGGCAUCUUUUACCAGGGCUACCUUUGCUCCAAAUGCGGUUUAGGUGCCCAUAAAGAAUGCCUCGGCCGCUUUGGCUGCUGUGGAAAAACAGAUCCCGGCUCCGUCAGAACUCAGGGCAAAGAUCGAGAUCCAGGUCUGCCCAAGAUGCUGGUAACCAGGAACUACUUUGGCGUGCCGAGCCCUGCGUCUGGUCCGGCGCUCAGCAUCCAGACGGGUGACAUCAUCGAAUUAAUCUGCGCCGACAUUCACAGCCCCUGGUGGCAGGGCAAAAUCCUGUCGACGAAAGAGGUUGGCUUCUUUCCAAGCGACGCUGUGAAGCCUUGCCCAUGUGUCCCGAAGCCCGUCGACUACUCCACUCAGACUUGGUUUGCGGGGCCAAUGGAGAGGCUCCAGGCCGAGGCAGAGCUGAUCAACAGGGUCAACAGCACCUAUCUGGUCCGCCAUCGCAGCAGAGAGUACACGGAGUACGCCAUCAGUAUAAAGUACAACAACGACGUGAAGCACAUAAAGAUCCUGACCAAGGAGGGCUGCUUCCACAUCGCGGAGAACAAGAAGUUCAGGAGCAUAUUAGAGCUGAUUGAGUACUAUAAACACCACUCCCUGAGAGAAGGCUUCAGGAGUCUGGACACCACGCUGCAGUUUCCUUACCGGGAACCGGAGAAUGCUGCUAUGCACCGCCUGAACCGGUCGGGCAGCAACAUGUUUACUCCAAAAGUGAUCGGUUUAGCGAUCGCGCGGUACGACUUCAGCUCACGUGACACCCGUGAGCUCUCGCUGCAGGAGGGUGACGUGGUGAAGAUCUACACGAAGUCAGGAGCCAAUGGCUGGUGGAGGGGCGAGGUCAACGGCAGGGUCGGCUGGUUUCCAUCCACGUACGUGGAGGACGGUGAGGAGUGAAAGGUCACGCACGGGAAGAAGAGUGAGGAAAAAGUAAGAAAGGCUGCAGUGGAGUAAGCAAACCGAGCACACAGCAGUAACAAAGACAGUGAGCUUUUUGCAGACGGCUUCACCCUCCUCGAUGGAGCCCCGUCGCCUACAACCAUCCCAGAGGCCUUUCGGGAGGGACGAGGGGCUACAGUACAUUGCAGAUGCAAAGAUGGGCCCCAUCACUUCUGGUUGACUCUGUGUGGCUAAGUGACUCCACCAACUAGCAGCUUGCCUGUCAGCGGGGCACGAGCUCUUGCCAGACACCCCCCUCCUCCCGAACUCUGUCGGUCCAUCCAUAAUUCACCCUUCGCUCCUUUCCCUCUCUCUGCCCAGGCCAGCCGCGGCCCCCCAACUCCCACCUGUUUCUGCUUGCCAAGUCGGCCAUCACCAGUCUGUCAAAAGCAGAUACUAAAAUGCCACUCUUCCAUUCAUGCGCUCAUCCAUCCAAGCAUCCAUCCGAACAUCCAACCUCCCCCCCAACCCCUGUGGGAAAAAGAGUCAUGAGCUGGAAACGACCCACACUGUAAUGUUUUUUUUCCCUUUCCUUUCAUCCCCUUUUCACUCUGGCGGGAUUUCGCUCUGUCUUGACCUUGCCUGUGUGUUUCUUCUACUAAUGCAGGUGGUUAUUGAUGACUUGAUGACCCAGAUUCACUCUCACACACACACACACACACACACACACACACACACACACGAAAACACUCAUACUCACACGAACCACCCACCUCUCCUCCCCUUCAGAUUAUGAUCACACACACACACACUCUUACAGAAGAUUUAAGAGAGGGAUGGCGUCGGAUAGCAUCGCUGCACAGUGCCAGCAAUUGAUCGCUGUUGUUCCUAUUUUCCUGCCGCCUCCUACAUUCUUUAUCUCGAGCCCAGCCUCUCAUGUUUUCUAGUUGUCUUGGCCGUUAGCGAUUCCUCCGCUCUUAUCGGUGGCAGCUCUGUCGACAGGAGCACAUUCGGCCGAGGGUUUAUCUUAUUGGAGGCAUUAGCAGCUUGUCGGGGUGGGGGGAACAAGCCACUCCAAGCAACUCCUGUCCCCUUUAAUAUAAAGAGACGAGAUAAAACAUGAACGCAGCCCGACUUUUUUUUUUACCCCCCCAAUUGUCCAUCUCACUCUCUUUUUUUAUUCAGCAUGUCAUCCACCCAGAAUAGUGUGUUUUACCCAGAUUAUGCAUCGAAAUCAUGUAACAUCUUCCUCCGAACUGUCAGUAGAGACUCAGUGUUUGACUCAAACUGUCAUAUUUGAGGUACAAUUUGUGCAGAAACACCAAACACUUUGCAUUUAGGGGAUUUGUUUUGGCGAGAAAAGCAUCGUAUUUAAAAAAAAAAAAAAAAAAUGCUAUUUAUGCAUUAACACUUCAAUCCAAAAGAAACUGAAAUCAGCCUCCAGAAAAAGAAUUUUUCCACCCGCCUAUGUCCUCCCACUAAAUGUCCUCCUAUCACCCCCUCUUCCUUUUUCUGUGUCCCUCCCUCACCCCCUGUGUACAUUAUGCACACCGUCUCCUUAAUCCGCAGUGAAAGAGGAUUUUCCCACAUUUGAGGGAAUAAAUACCUUCACAGCGAGAGGUGCAACACAUUCGUAAUGUAGACACAGACAAGAGGAAGACGGCGGUGUACACAGAUCCAAAAGUGAUCAACCUGUGUCUGCAGGUGAGGCCAAAUACUCCCCGGCAGUUGGCUUUGUGCAGCGAUGCUUUAAUCUCAGCCAGGAGUUUGAUUCUCUGCUUUUAUACAUCGAGUAAAACAAACUACAAACCGUGCUUCUUUGUUGAACAUAUGUACAUAUUGACAUUGUUUUAAUUUAAUUUAAUGUUUGGUCUGUUCACACAAGGGGUAGAACCUCUGACCCAAUCACACAACUGUUGUAAUUUCAAACAAGGAUUUCUAUGAUGAAUGUUACUUUGAACUUGCCCUUUAAUUUCUUCAUUUUUCUUUCUUCCUCCUCUCUCCUUAAAUACAGACUUUCGCACACUUACACACACCCACGCAUGACAUUUUAAAAACCAUCCAUCUCUUUUCUGUUAAAGGAAACUAUUUACGUAACCUGCAAUGUACAUAAAAUACCAGAUCUGUCACCGAAACACACACGGGGGACAGUUUAUGAAGAGGCAGCAUCCUGUGGUUGACAAUUUAAAGGGUAGUUCCACAUAUUUUACACAUCCAAGUGUGGUUACAGGUCUUGGGAAGUGUUGCAUUUGUGAAGAAAGUAGUAUAAAGCCUUUUGUGGCUCCAGAGAAAGCUGUUCGUAAUCUGGUCAGUUGCCUCCAGUGAUGACACUCAGUGGCUGAGUUGUAUUGUGGGUAAUGUAGGUGCCAGGUUUUGAAAGAGCUGUCCAUCAUGAUGGAUAAAUGAUGAUCUGAUAAAUCAGAACCAGAGAUUUUGACUUUCUUAUUCCGCACACACUUCUUCCUUUAUCAAAACUUGGGUGUGUACAUUACCCACAGUCCAACAUUGUGGGGCUUUAUACUUCAGUAGAACAUACUUCAAAGUGCAAACUUGGUGGAGUUACCCUUUAAAGAAAAACAUGGUGGAAUACUGAAUCUGACAUUGAAUAAAGUCUGAACUUUCAGAGCUGAUCCUAAUUUAAGAUCAAUAAAGCCAUCGUGUGGCCAAGUGCUGCAUCCUGCCUCUGGUAACAUCCCUCAGGGCGUUCAUCCUCCCCUGUCAACAUCUUCAUUGUGUCCAUGCCAUUGGGUAUUGUGUCAGAAAUCUAUUUUGUGAGCCUGAGUAGUAAUUUAUUGUAAUAAUAUGCUUUUGUAUGCACUAAAUGGAGCCAUUAUGUUUGAAAACCACUAACAGCCCCCUGCCAGCCCUGCCACUCGGCGCCAUUAUGCCCCGCACGACGACUGCUUUUUGUUUAAACACUGGAUUCAAGAAAUUCUUCUUCACAUUAAUGUAAUUUUGCAUGACGUGUCCCCUUUCCCAACUUUUUUAUCACCAGCGACCACUAGAUGGAAGCAUCCUAAACGCAUCUCUUCCUCUCCGAGCAGUCACCUUCAACUCGCUCAAGUUUGGAGAUGACAUCAUCUGAUAAGGAGGUGAACAGUGUUUAAGGAAUCCAUUAGCGUCAGAUGUGUUGCUGUGAGUGAGGGGGAGAGAGGACACAUUCAAAACCAAACCACAUUAUGAAAAUACACAAGAUUUCGUUUUUCUGAAGAGGCAGGGAGAGUAUCUGUAAAGUUUCUGGCUUUCUUUCUCCUGACAUCCGAGGAACUUUAUAGCAUGCCCAGCAGGAACUCAGAGAAGGAUAUUUCCCCUCCCCUCCUCCUUCCUGAAAUGUCCGCAGUCUCUCAACAGCCAAACAUUACCUUUCAUAACAUCUUUAGGAAAUCUUGCGGACCGACAGUGGCACAAAUGUGAUCCAGCGCAAGCUUCUCCUCCCGUCUCAGGAGAAGUGGGGAAGGCAGGAGUAGGCAUUCUGUAAUCGCAGACUCCAGUAAUCCACUCCCGCACCUCCUCCUCCGCCCAGAUGAACUCCGACAGCGGGGCCAUUUACAACUGCAGGCCUUCCUCCCCUCGCGAGCGCGCUCCCAGAUUCUCUGUGCAUGGGAGGAAGGCUCAAGGGUAUCUGUGAUCUAAUCAUUACACCAUCUCCUCACCUCGGCGACCCCCGCUGCAUCCAUCUCUCUGUCGGCUGCCCUCUCUCCCGCUCUGCCUUACCUUGUCACUUCUCUCUCUCGCGCUCUCUCUUUCCCCAUCUAUCUUUCAUCCAAUCUCUGUCCUCUCGGCUUCUCUCUGUAUUCUGUCCCUCACCCCCGUCACUCUGUAGGCUGUAACUGCUGUACGUUGGCGAGCAGAAGAUUCAGGAUUAUCGGGAGAGGAGGGAGGGAUGCGGUCCGGUUCUCGGUAAACAACUCCGCCAGAAUGAGGACCAGUUUAAUUUUACCACAAAUUAAUAGACUGUGAGAAUGAUGCCAUAAUUAGAGAAUGAUUUAGACUUGGCUCUCACCACUCUCACCACCGUCGUCUGCUCAUGUGCAGUGUGUGCACAGAUUACAUCUCUAUGCUCAGGCACGCACACGCUCACACACGCAAACACACACACACACACACACACACACACACACACACACACACACACCCCCUGUACGUGCGAAAAUGCAUUUUGACAGGAUUCAGGGCCGGGCGAGUCUUAGCCCAGCAGGGGUCACAGGAUACAAUUUCUUCAAGCGAAACAUGAGCGCAGCUCUGUAGCGGGCUGAACAGAAACAUGCCAGUCACUCACACCUAAAGAAAACAUCCAAUACCUGCUUUCUUUCUGGGCUGCAAAAUCCAUCCCUGAUCCAUGACAUCAUUGACAAAUCAUCCAACUAACUCUGUGUGAUUUUCACACUCCUGACUGAACCUUUAUUUCAUUCACUGUGUCCGUGCUCUGUUAUCCCCAUGAAGCCAAAGAUGUACGCUGUACCUACUGUACACUCAAUGUUAUGUCUCAUAACCACGGUACCCGACCGCUGUGGCCUAACUCUAUAACUGUGCAAUCUUGACUGUGUAGCAUUACCGGUGUAUUGUUGCUGUAUCAUACUGUAAAAUAUGUACAUAGCACAUAAUAAAGAUAUACAUUGCUUCUU